CAGCGGAACAAAAGCAUUCAGCUGCGUCCCCACAUCAGUACCGCAGCCGCUCUUAUUCUUUAUUAUACAAGGACAAGAUGGCUUUUGUUAAACGCUUGGAGUUAUGGCUUGGGCUGUGGGGACGCUUUCUGUAAGGAGGCAGUUGUGAAUUGUGCGUCUCUUUCCAACAGUGCCUCUGGAUGUAUUGAUGGCAAGUGUUUGGGCAAGUGAUGCAGCAGCGCGACUGACUUUUAUGUUUUGAGCAAGGACGCUUGUGCAUUUUAUUUUAUUUUCAUUUUGUUUUCCGCUAUCCGAAUAUACUUUACUUUGGCAUAAUUUGUCGAAACUUUAAUUGAAACGAAAUCUCAAGAGACAUGGGAAGUGAUAAAGAAAAUACACCUGAAAUGUUAUCCUGCAUCUUCAGAGCGAGUCAUGCCAUCAUUUUGCUUGUACUUAUCGGUCUGGGCGAAGGCUCCCAGCACGGCGACAACAGCUCUCAGGCGGUUUCCAUGGCGAGUCACAUGGGGCAGCAAUAUAAGGAAUCGCAGUGUCACCGCUUGCUCAGUGACCUCCGUAAUGGGGCGCGGGUCAUUGUGCAUUUGCCUUCCAACAUUGAGGGCCAUUGGGUGUCUACAAGCUGUGAAGUGAGACCAGGCCCAGAAUUCAUCACCAGAUCCUACAAGUUCUACCGGAAUGGUAGUUUCGAGGCCCGUCAGUUUUACUACAGAGACAAUCACUGCACGUCCCCGGUUUACACGCUGGUGAUCCGUGGCAAAAUACAGCUGCGGCAGGCCUCCUGGAUCAUCCGUGGUGCCACCGAGGGCGAAUACCUGAUCCAGCACAUCCAGGCUGUGUGCCACAGCCAGAGGACGGCAGACCAGCUCGGCCAACUCCUCAACUGCACCUGCCAGGGUCCGCAGAGGUCCUGGGAGCCCGGCUUGGGCUACGAGCUGUUGAGUGAGCAGACCGGCUGUGACUGCUCACUUGGUCUAAAUCUCACCAUGAAUGAGCUGCAGCUCCUGCGCUUGGAGAAGGUGUACCUUCACCACGGCCAUGUGGUGGAGCAGCUGUUCCUGGGAGACGUGCAUACGGAUCCCACCCAGAGGAUGUAUCACCGACCCUCUAGCUUCCAGGCAGCUCUUCAGAACGCUAAGAACCACGAGCAGGCCUGCGUGGCAUGCCGCAUCAUUGCGCGGUCGGGGGAGUUGCGGCCGCCCGUGCUGCCGCCACGAGCCGACCUGGCGGUGGCGCUACAGGGCCAGUGGGCGAGCCUGCGCUGCGAGGUACGGCCGCAGGGCCUCUUCCUCAAACGCCAUUUCAUCUUCCAUGACAACAACCACACCUGGGAGGGCUACUACUACCACUACAUGGACCCUGGAUGUGAGCAGCCCACCUUCAGCCUCUACGCCAGGGGACGCUAUACCCAUGGUUUGCAGUCGGAGAAGGUCAUGGGGGGCACUGAGUUUGUCUUCAAAGUGAACCACAUGAGGGUGACACCCAUGGAGCUGUUCACGGUGUCCCUCCUGAACAUCUUUGAUGGGAACGAGUGCGGCGAACAGGGCUCCUGGCAGCUGGGCGUGGAGCAGGACGUCACGGCGACAAACGGCUGCGUAGCGCUGGGCAUCCGGCUGCCCCACACCGAGUACGAGCUCUUCCGCAUGGAGCAGGAUGCCCGCGGACGCUUCCUCCUCUACAACGGCCAGCGGCCCGGUGACGGUUCCAGCCCAGACACGCCCCAGAAAAGAGCCACCUCCUAUCAGGAGCCCCUGGUCCGGUGUAGGGCCAGCAGCCCAGGGGGCCACAGAGAGGCUGGGGACCAGGUCCCAAGACACAGCGGGGGCAGUGGGCAGUGGCUUGGCCUGGCAAACGUGGCUGUGACCCUACUUGUCACCCUCCUCACCCUACAGCCAUGUUGAUCGAAGAGGACCAAACGUACACGAACAUUUACACUUAUAUAGAUGGAUAUGCUUCAUACUCACAUACGUUCAGGACAGGAAAUCCAGGCAGCUACAGCUAGAACUAUCCCCGAAGCAGGAAACUCAUAUGAUCCCGUGGUUUAUACACCUCCCAGUGACCGUGAGGAGAAACAUACAGCAGGACGCAGGCUGAAAGGGAAAAUGUGCUGGCAUGUCGUUCGCAUCCCACAAUGCACCGGUUUCUUGUUCAUUAGUUAUUUGGGGGGGGGGUACUCAUAGUUGUUUUCCCUGUUCUGACCUUAGAAAAUUGAAAGAAAUUAGUUGUUUAGAAACCCAAAUCCCUACUCACAGUCCAGUAUUUCUGUAGUAUCUGUACUCCCCAGAAUGGCUGUGAAGCAGGGCAAUAGGCUCGGCCUGGACGACACGGCUAACCAAACCAUGUCACUUAGGGGUCAGAGGAAGAAACAAAGACUGUACUUAUGGUGGAGAAUAAAGAUGGGAUUUAACACGGCUGGGGGUGGGGGGGGAGCAAAGACAAAAACGGGCGGCGUCAGGCACAGCACAGGGGCAAACACAACAGGCAAAAAACCUGGUCAUGGUGUUGGGGGGGGGUUACAGUGCAGUGCAGGCAAAACAAAAACGUGGAAAAAAACAUCGAGCUCCUAGACCUGCUAAAUGUGCCCCUUCUCCACCAGAGACCAGAAACUCACUGCAAGAACAGCGAUUCCCCAAAGAGAACAUGGUCAGUUAUAGACAAUUUUAUAACUAGUAAGCGAAAGCUUACCUAUUUUGCAUGAUCAAAUAAUUUACUACAAGAACUUACACUGACUGGCCACUUUAUUAGGUACGCCUUGCUAGUACUGGGUUGGACCUCCCUUUUGCCUUCAGAACUGCCUUCAUUCUUCAUGACAUAGAUUCAACAAGGUGCCUGAACAUUCCUCAGAGACUUUGGUCCACGUUGACAUGACAGCAUCAAGCAGCUGCUGCAGAUUUGUCGGCUGCACCUUGAUGAUGCAAAUCUCCCAUUCCACCACAUCCCAUAGGUGCUCUGCUGGAUUGAGGUCUGAUGACUGUGGAGGCUAUUUGAGUACAGUGAGCUCACUGUCAUGUUAAAGAAACCAGUCUGAGAUGAUAUGAGCUUUGUGACAUUGUGUGUUAUCCUGCAGGAAGUAGCCAUUAGAAGCUGGAUACACUGUGGUCAUAAAGGGAUGGACAUGGUCAGCAACCAUACUCAGGUA